CCGCAUUGUAGUGCGAGGACGGGAAGCGCCAUAGGAGACCCACGCAGUGAGCCGAGUCGAAGUCGCCCGGACAUGAUGAAGCUCAAGGAAGCGUGCAAGGAGAUGGACCUGCCCGACAUGGUCGCGACUGCGCGCUCGCGCCUCGGCUACGCGCAGCUGAGCCACAUCACGGCCGACACGUCGCCGGGCAGCGACUCGGGCAUGGACGUCGACGAGCUCAAGGGCUGGGAAGACAUGCUCACGGUCGGCUCGUCGAAGGGCCCGUCACCGCACCCGAUUGCGAUCUUUUGCUCGGUCUUUAGCCUCUUUGGCUUCUUCUUCCUCCUCUUCCUCGGCUCGACGGUCGCGUCCAACUCGAUGUACAUCAAAGUCAAGCCGCCGCACGGCCACGAGAAGGCGUCCUUGGCCGCCAACAUCUUUCUCGCGGCCGCGCUCUACCUCUUUGUCUUCAUUGGGAGCGUCGUCUCGCUGCUGCGGGCAAGAACGGCCAUGAAGGUCUACCAGCUCUCGCUCGACAUCCACGCCGACAAGUAAGAAGCAGCAGCACGCUCGACUGUACGCGCACCUAGAAGAAGCUUGUGUCGUCGCCCUUGUAAUAUCUAGUCGUCUAUUAUUUUAUAUGCAA